AUGCAUGCCACCGGCACUAACUUUUUUAGAUGGAAAGGAAGUGUUUACAAGGCCAUCUGGUUCGAAUUUAUGAUAUUUUCAAUUAUUUACUCCAUUAUUUCACUGAUGUAUCGCCUUGCAUUUGAUGAUUCCACGAAAAGAACUUUUGAGUGCCUUUGUCUUCAUUGCGAAAAGCUAUGUGAAAUCUUCCCGGUGGGGUUCGUUUUGGGGUUCUACGUCAACACUAUUGUGCGGCGAUGGUGGGAGCAGUUCUGCGCCAUACCUUGGCCCGACUCUCUCGUUCUGUUCAUUAAUGCUUACGCUCACUCGACAACGGAGCGCGCCCGUAUGCAAAGGCGUAGUUUCAUUCGUUACGUCAACCUCUCCUUCUGUCUUACUACUCGGAACAUUUCCUCCCGCGCCCGUCUUAGAUUUCCAACGCUCGAAAACCUUAUUGCUGCUGGUCUGGUCACACCAGAAGAACUGCGCCGCUAUCGGCAGAGCGCUUCUGACAGCAUGGAACCAAUCAAUUUCCUGCCCUUGUGUUGGGCUCAAGAGUUGGUUGCAGAAAUGUACCAAGAAAAGAACAUAGUUUUUAAUCGAGCUGUUGAAUUGUUAACAGCAGAGAUUGGGGCCUACAGGGACAGUCUUUAUCAGCUCUGUAUCUAUGAUUGGAUAAAUGUCCCGCUUGUUUAUACUCAGGUAGCAACACUGAUUGUCUACGCCUACUUCAUUGUGGCGCUAUUUGCAUGGCAAUACCUUGAUCCAAACCAGAAGUAUAAACACAUCAGUGUGGAUCUCUAUGUUCCAAUUUUUGGCCUUCUUCGUUUCCUAUUCUAUAUGGGUUGGCUCAAGGCAAGUAAGGAGACGCUAAUAAGUCCAUUUGGUGAAGAUGAGGACGACUUCGAAAUCGAAGAAUUUAUUGAACGCAAUGUUCAGUUUACGAACUUCUGGGACCGUGCCUACAACGGCGAAAUUCCGCCAAUUGUGCCUGAUACCUACUGGGACGAAGAGAACAUCAACCUCCCUGAUCGGAUUUCAAUGAUGGAGAACAGCGGAACUUGGCAACGUGGCUCCCUUGCCAAAUUCAACUUUACCGAAGGCCGUAAAAUUGGUGAUAUCAACUUCGAUCCCGUAGGUUAUGGCUUCAUUUUCAUUAACAACAUCUCAACAGCAGCUAAAGGGCUGCUCACGAAAUCGCGACUUUCCAAGUACAAUUACUCUAGCACAACUCUCCUUUUUUACAAUUCAAUCUUCAUGUUUCCCUUCAUGUCUUUCCUUGCUGUAUAUACCGGCACUAUUCGUCCGGUCAUUGACUUUCCCUUGUGGAUGGAUGGGUUCUUCGUGGUUGGAUUUAUCUUUUCUUGUCUGGCAGCGGUUACUUUGCAGUUUCUUACCUUUGAGUGUACCCGUCUAACUUCGGCCCUCACAACGAGCGUUGUCGGUGUUAUGAAGAAUACAAUCGUUUCCUAUGGCGGUAUGUUUGUUGGCGGUGAUUACGUCUUUACAGUUGUCAACUUCUGCGGAGUGACUAUCAGCACGAUCGGGGCAAUAACCUACGGAAUCUCAGUGUACUUGAGCAAGCAAAUGAAACUUGAAAUUCUGAGUUCGACAAAGGCAUAG